AUGUCUUACUCCGAUGAUCUGUUCAAUUCGGAAAACAAUCCAGGAAACAAUUGGAACGAAGAUGAUAGUAAUGAGCUCAGUCCAACCGAUGGUUAUUUCAAUUCGAAUCAAAUUCCUCAAAAUAUAUCACCAGAUCCCACACUCUCACAAACGGAGGAUAUAUCAAAAGCUCAAGACGCCAAGGGAGAUUUUCCAAGAGACCGUGAUACCCCUUUAGCUCUGCAGAUGUCGUUGCACACCAAUGCGUCAUCUCAUGUAACUGGAUAUCUCCGACAUCCUCGAACUCCGUCUGAUUCGCUUCAUGCUUCGCCAUCUCGCAGAGGAGAGAAUUCCUUCCCUGAACAUCAACCCUUCUUUGAUCAACCGCCCCUAGCUUAUAUAGCAUCCGCAGAGUCUUCUCCUGUCUCGGCACAAGGACGACAUACUUCCAUACGCUACAAUACUUUCUCACAACAUCGCCUCGAAGAAGGUCUACCAAGAGAACUCCAGAGUAUGGGAGGGCCAGCAGAUUAUCCGGAAGUCAAUGAAGAAACACCUCUUUGGCUUGGCCGAACACCCAAGAAGAUUUCCUUUCAACGAGAGAUUAUAACAAAAGCUCUUGGACUGGGAUUGGCUCUAAUCAUUGCUGCCGUUAUAUUAGGUGCAAUUCUCACAGGAAAAUCAAAUCCAGAUUCAAAUAUGGGAGGAGGGCCUAUAUUUCCCGACCCCAUCCACGAUGGUGGCUCAUACUGUCAACAUGUUACCAAAUCGGAGCAAACCAGUUUUGAUAUCAUUGAUGCCGCUGGACUUGUAGUGAUACAAGAGUUCUACCAACAAGACUCUCUUCAUUACGGAACGCAGGUCAAAACAGCGGGAGAAGUUCGUAUUCGAAAUCUACCAAGAAACUCAAAUGGAGGGAGAGCACAUUUUACAGUUGAAGUCAAACUUAGCCAUCCGGAGUUGUCUGUGCUGAAGACUUUGAACGAGCUUGAUGGGUCAUUGAAGAUCAGCACGCCGAGAUUUGCCAACCCAGGUAUACAUGACAACCCUUGUAUCUCACUUGAGAUUACGGCUUGGAUACCAGAGGAUGCGGAAAUCUUCAACGUAUUUUUUGACCUGGUAACUUUAUCGAUCCGAAUCUUUGACGACGUCAAUGUCACAAUUGUCAAAGACGCCACUUUAAAAACAGUAUCAGGCCAUGUUAAGUUCCCAAACGACUCAACGUCUUCAAUGAGUCGUAUUUCCCUCCCAACCAAAAAUGAAUUAAAAGCAAACUUCGAUUUUGAUUCUCGUCAUAUCGUCGUCGAAACUGUGUCAGGCAGAAUUGAAGGCACAUAUCCCCUGUAUGACCUUCUCAAAAUAUCUUCUCAAUCUGGAACCAUAGGAAUCGAGGUGAAACCUAAGCCCGCUCUUGAGUCGGCACCUGCUCCCGCUACCUUGAAUAUUCAUACAUCCUCCGGUAGAAUCGAAGUAUCGUCACCUGUCAAUUACCCCAAGGCCACUUGUCUUCGGGAAUACAUCACACAUGUAAAAUCUCUUUCUGGGGCCAUUGAAGGCGAUUUUUUUGUUGGAUCUACGGGGACUUUUGACACCGCUUCUAGUAGAAUUCAACUUGUGGUGAGACCCGUUUUAUCGGCAACUUCUGAUGAUAGCGAUGAUGAAAGUCGGAACGAAUUCUAUACUCAUUCAGUGAGUGGAACUACACAUGUCACAUUACUGGAUCCUUGGUUUACUUUAUUCUCCAUCAACGGCAACGUUCGCAAUAGUGCGAUUGAAUCCACACCGAAUAGUCACGACUCUCCAUAUACUCCCACCGUCAUUGACUCAUCGAGAUCCUCUUCUUUCCAGGCGUACAAGAGUAAACUCCGCACUGUUCACUCGACACAUAAAACCUCCUCUGGAAGUAUCGAAGCAUACUAUCCCUCAACUUGGAUUGGCAACAUUGAAGCGAAAACUAUCUCGGGAAGAAUAGAAUUGGAAGGGAAGGGAAUAGGUAUUGUUGAGAGGCAUGAUGGAUGGGGAUACAAGAAUAUCAAAGCUAGGAAGGGAGUCGAGAGGGAUGAGGACGGGAGUAGUGUCAAAUUGGAGACGUUGAAUGCGGCUAUUGCAUUACGAAUCUAUGAAGCUUGA